CCUCCCGGAAGGACAGAGGAAUGUCGGUCUGCUACCGUCCUCCGGGAAACGAGACGCUGCUGAGCUGGAAGACCUCGCGGGCCACGGCUGACUUAACUGAUAGCACCCAGACCCCAGGCCAGGCCCCUGGCACCGGCACAGAUCUCGGGAUAGGCUACACCAUUCUGCCCUCACCCUGGGAUUGGCACCAGCUUCCAACCAGUGUCCAGCAAAGCCUUAAGUAAGUACCCUGGGAGUAGGGGAGGUGGGGGGAGGGAGCACAGCUGUAAGGUCCAAAGGACUUCCAAAGAAGGCUGACCAGUGGUAAAGGAACUUCAGAGGACUUGGUCUUGUCUCCUGUCCAUGAAAUCUUCCCCAUCCCUGUUAUUCUUGUUGGACCCUGGGCACCUCUGGGGUGAGUAGGUAGGUGAUUGGAAGAGGGCAGUGGCACUUGAGUGGGCUGAGGGUCUGGCACGGGUGGAGUGGUGGUCGGGGAAAGGAGCUAGCCUUUUGAGAGGUGCAGCAUUGUUAAGAAAAGCCUCCACUUUGGUUCUGGGUUUUAGGGUCUCCUGAGGGAUGGAGGCUGACGGGUCUGGAAAUACUGCUUCUGCUGUUGCCGUAUAUCUUGCAAUUGGGUCUAUGGGUAGGAAGGGGCUCUGUGGCCCAGUUCGGAAAUUAAUCUUUCUACUCAGCCAGAUCCCCUUAAGACAGGUCAGUGGGUGGUGAUGAGGGUAGUAUUCCCUGGUGAGCAGCGUCUGAUGGUGCUGACGUUUGGAUACGGAUGCGAGUGCCCAGACUAGGUGUGUCUGGAGUGUCAGGAGACCCUUCCUUCAUGCGCGUGUCGCCCUCACUCUCCAGGUCCUUGCAAUAGCCAUGAACACCACAUCCCCUGCAGCGGCCUCCUCAUCAGGAGUCAGUUUCAUCUCUCUGCUGGUCAUCAUCAUACUGUCAGUGGCACUGGCUGUAGGGCUUCCUGGCAACAGCUUUGUGGUGUGGAGCAUCCUGGCAAAGCUGCAGAAGCGCUCUGUCACUGCCCUGAUGGUGCUGCACUUGGCUCUGGCCGACUUGGCCGUGUUGCUCACUGCCCCCUUUUUCCUCCACUCUGUGGCCCAAGGCACCUGGACUUUUGGAUUGUCCGGCUGCCGCCUGUUCCACUAUGUCUGUGGAGUCAGCAUGUAUGCCAGCGUCCUACUUAUCAUGACCAUGAGUCUGGACCGCUCCCUGGCAGUGGCCCUCCCCUUUGUGUCCCAGAAGCUGCGCACCAAGGCAGUCGCCUGGCGGGUGCUGGCCGGCAUCUGGGUGGUGUCUGUUCUGCUGGCCACUCCCGUGGUCUUGUACCGCACGGUGCACUUGGAAUUGAACAAUAGAAGCCUGACCUGCUUCCCGAAGUACCCCAGCGAAAGACAUCGGGCCUUCCAUCUGUUCUUCGAGGUGAUCACCGGCUUCCUUCUGCCCUUCCUGGUCGUGGUGGCCAGCUACUGCGACAUUGGGCGCAGGCUGCGGGCCCGGCGCUUCCGCCGCAGCCGCCGCACCGGCCGCCUGGUGGCGCUCAUCAUCCUGGCCUUCGCCGCCUUUUGGCUGCCCUACCACAUGGUGAACCUGGUCGAGGGGUUCCGCGCGGCAGCGGGCAAGGCGCUGGGUUCCGGAUCUGCGGGUAAGCGGCUGCUCCUGGCCCGCCACGUGCUCAUCACGCUGGCCUUCCUGAGCAGCAGCGUGAACCCCCUGCUGUACGCGUGCGCCGGGGGCGGCCUGUUGCGCUCGGCCGGCGUGGGCUUCAUCGCCAAGCUGUUGGAGGGCACCGGCUCCGAGGCGUCCAGCAGCCGUCGCGGGGGCACCCUGGCCCAGACGGUGAGGGGCAUCCCCGCCUCUCCCGAGCCUGACCCUGCCGAGAGCCUCACUGCCUCCACCAACCCUCUCGAGUGAAGCAAACUCAACUAGGCCUGCUGCGUGGCCGCAGUGCAAGGACAGGAGCUUUCCUCCAGGGGGAGUGCCCUCCCCGCUGGCCUGACCCAGUGUUUGACCAGCCCUCUCCUUCCCCCAGGAAGAGAACGCUGGUGGGAGAGUGGAGCGGAAGGCGGGGAGGAGCACAACUCAGGGCUGAAUGGGAACCGGGUCCCACAGGCAGCUUUACAAUUAAAACUGAAGUCUGAAACUGGGUCAACCCGGGUGUGUGUGAUGUGUUCAUGAUGGCGGACUGGGGUGCUCCUGGUUGCUCCUCAAUAGCAGAGUGGCACAUCCUUUGGUUUCCUGUGCUUUUCAGUUUUGGGACACAGAGACAGAGAAAUCAGACCUUCCCACCCCGAUUCUGAGGAAGGUAAUCUGCAGAUCAUACUUGGAACAACACAGGUCUGCAGACCCCUGAAGGAGCUGGCCAAAGAAGACCAUCCAGGUGUGCCCAUCACUCCAGACUCCCUGACUCAGCACAGGAAGAACCUUUAGACCUGCUAAGAGGUGUCUGCCCAGAAGGCUGGGGUGGGGAUCUUUGUUAGCGGGACUCCAACCUCCUGCCAGUACUCUUUGUCCUGUCAAUGGGAGAUAUCUUAGGGGAUGGCCUCUUUUUCCUCUCUCUUCCGAGGCAGUCUCACCAGCGAGCCAAGUCAUCAGAUCUUAUUCCUUAGAACUCUGCACAUCAGCAUCUUGCCAGCCCGUAAAAUGCUGUGGCACAGGCUGGAGCUGAAGGCCCUCUGUGAUGUGAUCACCCUUAGGAAAUGAAGAUUUGCAAAAGCAAGAGGGUUGGGUCAUUCUUUACUUGGAAAGACUGUUGUCUUGGAGAGCCUUGGACUGGCUCUGUUCUGAUAGCAUUUUAAGAAGAUGGUAGCGGCAGUUUGCUUUUUGGAAUCUCUUGCAUAAAAAGAGAAAGACAACUAUGAGAAAAGUCAAAAAUCUUCGUGUAACAUCUGCACAUCAAGAUACCUCUCAUGGAACCCAAAACGUGAGCAGGAAUGAGCCAUGGAUGCUUUAGGACCUAUGUAAUAUCAGCAUCUGGGCAGGAGGCAAAAGGAAGCAAUGGAAAAUCUGAGAGACCUGAGAAUUGGAGACCCCCAACUGUAUACAUGUCCUUGCUAGAAAGCAUGGUGGGUCAGCUUGAGAACAGCAGCGGAAAUGAGGAGGGACCUAACAGAUUAUACCCCAGGCCUCCCACCCAUGCUACAUAGCGAGCACAUAACAGGUGCUUAUUUAGUGUUUGUUGUGUAAAUAAAAAUCAAAUGACGUUUUC